CGCCGUCAGUCGCUGUGGUGGGACCGCCGUGCCGCUCUGCUUGGCUUGCAGUCUCCACAGCACCUUUUGUUUUUGUGUGUGUAUGUGUGUGUGUGUGUGUGUGUGUGUGUAUGAGCCACCACUUGAACACUUUACACGAGUGGAGACAUUUACGGGGAAAUUAACCUGUCGGUUUUGCGGGAAGAGCGACGGACAAGUUGUGGGCGAAUGAAGAGACAUGUUUUUUAGAGGGAGAAGAGAGGCUGCCCGGCUGUCUUCACUCCCAACCAGCGUUAAAGCUACUUUGAUGCAGCCGCUUAGCUAACAAGCUAACUGGGAAUGUUUUCAGAAACUAGCCGGUUUGUUAGCUUGCUAGCUAGCUAAAUCGCAUGUAGAAAUCCGCUGUAUAGAUUUAGCGAACAGUUGUAAUGCUACUUUUACCUGCCGAUACAUUAAGUGAAAGAAGUGUGGCAACGUCUCAAACUGAGUAUGUUGAAUGUUUGGGGCUUCGGUGCCCGUUUAGUUGCUAAUUUCCAGUAGGGACGAUAGUUCACUGUCCAGGCAACAAGUCUGGCACACACUGCUGUUUUUACGUUACUCAAGUUUGUGUUAAUUUUGUGCAAUGUUGUUAUUAGUUACCGUUUGGUUUUAGUUAGCUAAAGAUUAACACUUUGUGGUUAAAAUGAACGAUUUGGGCAAAGUAAAUGUAAUGUUAUACAAAGGAAAGUGGGGGCCACUUAAACGUUAGACCCCCACUUUUAAGUGGAUCGGGUCACUCUCUAGUAUAGGAGAUACUGGUGUCAGUUAGUCGAUACAGCUAUUGACGAGGAGGCGAGGUGGAUGAACAUUAUAAGUCGCCCACAUGCUUUGGAUCAGUUCCCGGACUUGUGAAAGGCAUCUGAAGCAGAAGGUGGGAGACCUGAGCGCAAAACCCUUGCAGCCUGGGGGAAGAUGGCAGAGCGUUCCCGCAGGAGGUGGUGAAACCAAAACUUGGGAACAUCUUGGAUUUAUUGCCAGACAUCGUAUCCCAGCCCAUAGGACACAUGCAGGCCAAAAAACGGUACUUAACCCUGUUCUCCGCCGGUGCGUGUCUUAUCCUGUUGUUUUGUUUUGGAGGGAUACAAGUCCCGUUAUCCAGACGGGGUCCCAGCCGGCGUGAUGACCGCAGCCUCACCGGUUAUCAUCCCGGGGCGCGGUGGCAGCGCUUGCUGGGGUCCCUGCAGCCUUUCAGCUCCUGGGAGCAAGACCGGACUGAUGAUCACAAUGAACACAUAUCUCCUAGGCAGAAGAGGGACGCAAGCUCAGGCGUUUACACUGGAAAACGCUGCAGAAUGGAGUCCUGCUUUGAUUUUGCCCUGUGUGAGAGGAAUGGAUUCAAAGUGUAUGUCUACCCCCAGCAGAAAGGGGAGAAGAUGUCAGAUAGUUAUCAGAACAUCUUGUCCUCUAUUGAAGGAUCCAGGUUCUAUACACCUGAUCCAGGACAGGCAUGCCUGUUUGUCCUGAGUUUGGACACUCUGGACCGGGACCAGCUUUCCCCCCAGUAUGUGCACAACUUAAAAGCAAAAGUCCAGAGCCUCCCUCUGUGGAAUGGGGGCAAAAAUCACAUCAUCUUUAACUUGUACUCUGGCACCUGGCCAGACUACACAGAAGACCUCGGCUUCGACAUCGGCCUUGCCAUGUUGGCCAAGGCCAGCAUCAGCACAGAGAACUUUAGGCCCAACUUUGACGUUUCUAUUCCUCUUUUCUCUAAAGACCACCCCAGGACAGGAGGGGAAAGGGGCUACCUGAAACAUAACACCAUCCCCCCUUAUAGGAAGUACAUGCUGGUCUUUAAGGGGAAGAGGUACUUAACUGGAAUAGGUUCAGACACUAGGAACGCUUUAUAUCAUGUUCAUAACUCAGAGGAUGUGGUCCUCCUCACUACCUGUAAGCAUGGGAAGGACUGGCAGAAGCACAAGGAUGCACGCUGUGACAAAGACAAUGCUGAGUAUGACAAGUAUGACUACAGAGAGAUGCUGUACAACUCCACGUUCUGUCUUGUACCUCGAGGACGACGACUGGGUUCCUUUCGCUUUUUAGAAGCUUUGCAGGCAGCUUGUGUGCCGGUGAUGCUGAGUAAUGGCUGGGAGCUUCCCUUCUCAGAGAUCAUCGACUGGAAUACAGCAGCUGUGAUUGGGGAUGAAAGGCUGCUUUUACAGAUCCCCUCAACAGUGCGCUCCAUCCACCAGGACAAGAUCCUGUCCCUGAGACAACAGACCCAGUUCCUAUGGGAGGCUUACUUCAACUCUGUAGAGAAGAUAGUACUGACCACACUGGAGAUCAUCCAGGAUCGGGUACUGCAGCACACCUCAAGGAGUAACCUCAUGUGGAACAGUCUGCCUGGAGGCCUGUUCACCCUGCCUCAGUACUCUACAUACCUGGGAGACUUCCCCUUCUACCACGCUAAGCUGGGUGUUAAGCCAUUCUCCAAGUUUACAGCGAUCAUCCAUGUGGUGACCCCGCUGGUGUCCCAGUCCCAGCCAGUCAUGAAGCUGCUUUUGGCUGUUGCCAAAUCCCAGUACUGUGCUCAGGUGAUAGUUCUGUGGAAUUGUGACAAGCCUCUUCCUGCCAAGCACCGCUGGCCUGCCACUUCAGUCCCUGUCAUUGUUAUAGAAGGCGAAAGAAAGGAGAUAAGCAGUCGUUUUCUGCCCUACGACACCAUCCCCACCGAUGCUGUUCUCAGUCUGGAUGAGGACACCGUGCUCUCCACCACAGAGGUGGACUUUGCCUUCACAGUGUGGCAGAGUUUUCCAGACCGCAUUGUUGGCUACCCAGCCCGCAGCCACUUCUGGGACAGUAACAAGGAGCGGUGGGGCUACACCUCCAAGUGGACCAACGACUACUCCAUGGUGCUGACCGGGGCUGCCAUCUAUCACAAAUACUACCACUAUUUGUACACCACCUACCUUCCAGCCAGUCUGAAGACCAUGGUUGACCAAAUGUCAAACUGCGAGGACAUUCUGAUGAAUUUUCUGGUGUCCUCUGUCUCUAAACUACCACCCAUUAAGGUCACCCAGAAGAAACAAUACAAGGAGACCAUGAUGGGACAGAGCUCACGGGCAUCUCGCUGGGCUGACCCGGACCAUUUUGCCCAGCGUCAGACCUGCAUGAACAAGUUUGCCAGCUGGUUUGGCACCAUGCCCCUGGUCCAUUCUCAGAUGAGGCUGGACCCAGUGCUAUUCAAAGACCAGGUGUCCAUACUGCGGAAGAAGUACAGGGACAUCGAGAGGCUAUAACCCUCCAGAGCCCCUUCCCCUUCUCUCUGGACACAACAAAGACAGAGCGAGGGGGGGUGGAAACGUAGAGAGACGAAAGGCCUUUCCAUGACUGCAUGGAUGGAUCGACUGGGAACAAGGGGAGAGGAGGAAAAGGAACUAGAACAGAUGUGGAGGACGCCACAUACAUUGGUCUCCUUCGUUUCUCCUUUCUACCCUUUCUCUUAUGUGUAAUGGGUUAAUGCUGAGCACACAGACCACACUACAUAAACUAUGACUACCACCAACUGAAGGACACCUGAGGACUUUAAAACCGCUAGACUUUGAACUGAAGUUGUCAAAGUCAUGGAGCUUGGAAAUCAUAGCUUGCUGCUUCAGUGUCCAAACAGCGGCAAACUACUCCCAACUCCAACCCGCUCAAAAAGAGUGUUCUACUCUGUACAGGUUACUGAAAGAUUUUUUGCUGACAGAAUAUUGUUUGAUAAUUAUGACUAUGAAGAGGAUAACACUAUUUUGGAUUGUGUUUGGCUAUUUUUUUUAUACAGUGAAUGAAUGGCCAGCUCUACUCUCUCUGUAUUGUCUUAAUUCAAACCAAUAGCAGGGUGGGUGAAGAGAGGAAUGAUGAGCCCUUCGACCACAGAACUGAGUUAUGAUCAUUAAUCUGAUAUUCACAGUGCCUCAAAUUUAUCCAAUGGCGCAAGAUCUCUCUGCUUUCUAGUUGUUUUUUUAUGAUUUUCUUUAUAAUUGAUGGGUUAAUGGAUCUUGUAGUAAAUUCUUCAGGUCAGCAUUCACAUGUAGUCCUCGAUGAAGUAUAAUGAAAAUUGAUUUUUAAUUGACAAAUUACAGUAAAUUGUCAUUAUGUGUCAUUCUGAACAUGUCUUCCUGCUAAAACUACAACAGUCUUACGCAACUAGCUAAAUUUUACUAAAUUUGCUAUGUGAGAAUACAUAUCCACAGGAACUAAUAAGAAAUGCAGACAAAAUUCAAUGGACUUCUCUAUUUUCUCUUUAGUAAGAAGUCUUCUUCAUGCCUCUUUUUUCAUUCGUAAAGACUUAUAUGACAAGCUAGAAUUGGUACUUGAAUAUCUGCUGGCCUGAAGAACAAUAGAGAAUCAUAAGAGAUGCCUUGGUUAAGGGAGACAGUGCUUGCCAAUUGAGCCAACCACUGGUCUGUUUUGAAACAGUAACCGCUGUGAAGACUAGGGAAUGGAUCUUUUUGGGCUUAGUUAGCAAGGGAUAUUUAUAUACGGUUAUUGUCUCUAUGCCAUAGACCCAAUUUCAUUUUGUCCAGUGACAAGUUUGGCACCAGCCCAAGCUCGGCUAAAACUGCUUUUAGCUAGGAGCAUUGGUGCAGUCAGAGUUGGCUUCAUGCUAAAUAGACAACUGUAUUUUUCCCAUUGCAAUGAACAAAUAUUCUCUCAUGUCAAUUGUGUGUGUUACUUUUAAAAGGCGUAGGGAAGAAAUAAGCACAUUUUGGGGAGAUGUGCUUUAAGAAGUCAGUAUAUUUGCUGAAUACCACUUUGUAUCUGAUAAUCACAGAUUUAAACAGCCAUUCAUCUCUGAGUCAUUCAAACUGGUAGUGUGCUUUCGUGCUUGGGCCACAUUCAAGAGUCCAAAUGUAAAACCAGGAUGUUCAAGUAUGUUCCGUAAUUCAUUAUGUCUCAGACAACACCUUGAUCAGUUUCUGUAUGUUAGUCUUCUCGAUCUGAGACACCUCAUUUGCUGCAAAUCUGUACAUUGAAAGCCAAGUGUCGGUGUAAGAUGAAAUUGGGUUUUUGGGGAUCAGUAGGCUAAUAGACAAAUUGAAAUAUUCAUUUCUAAAUGUUUGGUUCCAUUAAAAGAAUCGCUUCAUUUUAUUUCUGCCCUGAUAUGUCAUAUCAGGUUAUCUGAAAAUGUUAAUGAAUCUGGAAUAUGUACCUGUGUUUGUAAAUAACUGCACCACAUCAUCAACUAUCUGUCCAUGGAGUAUCCCUGUAAAGCCAGCAACAUUUCUAUAGAAACCUAACCACACCUGCCCUGACAAUGAUAAAUGAUCAUUUUGGUAAGCUUCACUGUUCUGUACCCUUCACCCCAAUAUGUGCCAAUAGAUCAGAUAUGGUUUUUUUUAAAAUAUUUUUUCAUCUGAUAUGAAGAAUGCCAUGCAUUCCCGUGUUUAUUUGGUUCAUUAAACAUAUUUGCUGUCUGUAUAAGAAAGUAAAGGAGGUAAUGAGUGUAUGUAUAUGAGCAGAGAUGCAAUGCUGCAUGGUAUUUUUCACUUUUGAGAAUGUGCUAUCAGCUUGACAGCAAACAGUCCUAGUAUCCUAUUAAACACAGUGCUAUCAAGACAACAAGUGAAUAUGGUCGUAAACAGAAUCACAUUUCAGAAAUGAACUUGGUGCAAUAUUUAGGAUGACAUUUUCUCUGUUUUCGUCUCUUUUCUUCCUUCCUUAUGUUUCAGAGGGCAGGGGGGUUAUAUUGAUGUGCCUUCAGAAGAAAUACACUUUUUCCCCAUCUGCCUUGUGCAAGAGAUGGAUCCCUGUUUUGAUUUCAUAGGUAAUUUUUGUUUUCUUUAUCAAUACCCAGUAACGCAUAAUGGCUCCCUAAAUUAUUUUGUUUAACACUGGAUGCUACUAAGACUUAUCACCAUACAUCUGAUACUGACAUUCAUGCCUUUUACUGUUUUUUAUUUUUUUUUAUACUGCCUUGUAUUAUUAUACUUGAGAUGGCCCAAUAAAGAGCCACUCUUCCAGGUUGUCACAAGUAUAAUAAUACAUGUAACACACACAAUUCUCACAUACGCAGUAUUUAUAAGACGGGAUUUAGCCUCGACUGAAUCUCUGCCUGCUUCCUUCACUCUCCUCCGUAACUGCAGACCUAAUUUUAUAGAGAUUAAAAUGGAAAGAUAGAGGAAGAAUCACAAUUUUGUAAAAGAAUUUUAUAAAAACAAAACAAAAAAAUCAAUAAAUGAAAUGUUUGAUAUAAA